GGAGGAGCGAACGGGCGAGGCGCGGGCGAGGCUGGGACCCAAGCGCGCUCUCUGCUCCGCCAAGUGCCAACUUCACGCGGACUGGCUGGGCGCGCACCAUCCCGCGGGGCGGUCAGAGGGAAUUUGAGAUUUUAGGGCUGCGCUCUGUCCCCUUCCCCCGCCCGGGUUCAAAAUCCCCAUUAAAAAAAGCAAAACAACAGUUAACAGCAAACUUGCUCUCAUCCCGCCGCCCCCCUCAACUCCGGGCACCAUGAAGGCGGCCGUCGAUCUCAAGCCAACUCUCACCAUCAUCAAGACAGAAAAAGUGGAUCUGGAGCUUUUCCCUUCCCCGGACAUGGAAUGUGCAGAUGUCCCUCUGUUAACUCCGAGCAGCAAAGAAAUGAUGUCCCAAGCGUUGAAAGCUACUUUCAGUGGUUUCACAAAAGAACAGCAGCGACUGGGAAUCCCCAAAGACCCCCGGCAGUGGACAGAAACCCAUGUCCGGGAUUGGGUGAUGUGGGCUGUGAAUGAGUUCAGCCUGAAAGGUGUGGACUUCCAGAAGUUCUGUAUGAAUGGUGCAGCGCUGUGUGCCCUGGGUAAAGAAUGCUUCCUCGAGCUGGCUCCAGACUUUGUUGGGGAUAUCCUGUGGGAGCAUCUAGAGAUCCUGCAGAAAGAGGAUGUGAAACCAUAUCAGGUUAAUGGAGUCAACCCUACCUACCCAGAAUCCCGUUACACCUCGGAUUACUUCAUUAGCUAUGGUAUCGAGCAUGCUCAGUGUGUUCCUCCCUCAGAGUUCUCAGAGCCCAGCUUCAUCACAGAGUCCUAUCAGACACUGCAUCCCAUCAGCUCGGAAGAACUCCUGUCCCUCAAGUAUGAGAACGAGUACCCUUCUGUCAUUCUCCGGGACCCUCUCCAGACAGACACCUUACAGACAGACUACUUUGCCAUCAAGCAAGAGGUGUUAACUCCAGACAGCAUGUGCAUGGGGAGAGCCAGUCGUGGUAAACUCGGGGGCCAGGACUCUUUUGAGAGCAUAGAGAGCUACGAUAGUUGUGACCGCCUCACUCAGUCCUGGAGCAGCCAAUCAUCCUUCAACAGCCUGCAGCGUGUCCCCUCCUAUGACAGCUUCGACUCUGAGGAUUAUCCCGCUGCCCUGCCCAACCACAAGCCCAAGGGCACCUUCAAGGACUAUGUGCGUGACCGUGCUGACCUCAACAAGGACAAGCCUGUCAUUCCUGCUGCUGCCCUGGCUGGCUACACAGGAAGUGGGCCCAUCCAGCUGUGGCAGUUUCUUCUGGAAUUACUCACUGAUAAGUCUUGUCAGUCUUUUAUCAGCUGGACAGGAGAUGGCUGGGAAUUCAAGCUCUCUGACCCAGAUGAGGUGGCCAGGAGAUGGGGAAAGAGGAAAAACAAACCUAAGAUGAAUUAUGAGAAACUGAGCCGUGGCCUUCGCUACUAUUAUGACAAAAAUAUCAUCCACAAGACGGCGGGUAAGCGCUACGUGUACCGCUUUGUCUGCGACCUUCAGAGUCUGCUGGGAUACACCCCUGAGGAGCUGCAUGCCAUGCUGGAUGUAAAGCCAGAUGCUGACGAGUAACGGACACGGAAGGGGCUGGGGGAACCCUACUGAGACCUUUCAAAGAACAACUGUGUUGGUUGGACUCUUCCUUUUUAAUUGUUAUUCUAUGUUUUAUUUUCCAGAACUCAUUUUUUACAUUCAGGGGUGGGAGCUAAGGGAGCUGCAGUUAUAUCCCAUUGGCCAUUGGCAAGGCCUGAAAGAGGAAGUUAGGACCUGUGGGGUGGGUGGGGCAAGAAGUUCCUGAGCAGAUUUUCAGGAGGGAGAAAAAGGUCUUCUCAGAGGCCCUGAUGGACCUGACUUGCAGAGGAAAAAAACUUAUGUGUCCAGUCAUUUCGUUUUUAAUCAAAGAAAAAAAUUCAUUUUGAGUUGUGGAUGUACUAGGAAUUGUCACAUGAAGAGUAAAGAGACUGAUGAAAGUCAGUCAGUUUGGAGGGUGGGAUGGAAACAGAUUCUUCAGGGGAUUAUUAAGCUCAAGAAUUAUUAACCUUUCUACUUUUUGAAACAAAGAUGGACUUUAAUGGAAGGGGUCCAAAACCGUUUUUAUGUUGAAGUUUAUUUUAUUAAAUUUUGUGCCAGUAUUUUUUUUUUCUUUAAAAAAAAUCGUUUUAAGCUCUAAGGUGGUCUCAGUAUUGCAGUAUUGUGAGUUUGUUGUUAUUUGCUGGAUGAGGAUUCUGUCACAGUGAAAGGCAACUGUUUAUAUAGACCCCAUUGGAAAAUCCAAGCUCUGUACUGAGAUCAGAGACCCCAAACUCUUACAGCUAAAGGAAACGAAUGCUGAUUUGGGGACAGGGGAACUGAGCAUGUGAAUCCCACCUUCGGUGUGUAAAAAAAAAAAAAAACGUUUCCUGUCCUUUUACUUACUGUCAGGCUUGGACUUAGUGUUAGGUAAGGGGCAUUGAGUCUUUGCACUGAAUGUAUUUCGCAGCUAUGCUUGAGAAUCGUUGUCAACAUAGGAGCACUGUUAAAGUCUUGGAAAGGAAAUCCAAGGAGGAGGAUUAACCUGGUUUUUGGUUAAAUUGCUACCCGAAACAUAGACGACUCAGAAUAAAAGCUGUUUGCAUGGACUCAGAAUAAAAGCUGUUUGCAUGGGCAUUACCCAUUGGGUCUUAAGGCCUAAAUGCAUGCCAUUCCAAACUAACAUUCUACAAUUUCUCCUCUAUGUCUUAAUUUCCCCCGUCAUCCCUCAUUGCUGUCCCUCCCCCCACCUCAUUAAUCUGUUAGAGCGGAAUGUAAUGCCUUCUGAUAGGUGAAAGAAAGUGUAAUGUCAGCCACCAAAACACAAAUCAAAGAGUACAGACUUGCUAGGAUUCAGAGGCCACAGACAUGAAGAGGGUAUUUCAGUAGUAAGUGACUUGGCCUCCUUUGGAAAGAGGCUUUCCUUUGAAGAAUUGGCUCUAGUCAGGUAGGAUUUCAGGUGAGGCUGCUCGCAGAGGAAGUGGUAGAAAGCACUGGGACUUAGGCUUGACCUGUUGCUGCCUCAGCAAAGGGCAAGCAAAGGUCAGCUGCAGGUGAGAGGAAGAUUUGACAGAGAAAAUACAAGGGAAGGAACUAGGUAAAGAAAAUAAGGUGGCCCAUGACGGUUAGGUAUAGUUUUACUUUCCUCAAAGUUUAAAUUCAAAGACUUAAUUGAGGCAGCCAGCUGGGAGAGGAAGACCUGAAAAUAAGGCAUUGUGGGUAAAAACAGAGUAAGGAAACAUGCCUGGUAUCAUUAGAAUCCCUUCCACUGUGUGCAUGCCUAGUUAAGACAGUGACAGUGGACUUCCAUAAGAGAAAAGAGGCAAUUGGUUGAAGUGGGCCUCUCCAGGCUCACCCUUCGGGGAUCGUCUUCAUGAGAGUUGAUGGCUGACUCCCAGAUUCUCUUGAAGACCGAAUUACUAAGAACAUAACUCUUGUCCAUGGGUGUUCUGUACUGAUUGGUUGGAGCAUCCCCACAAGGAAGCAAAGGCAAAACAUUCCAGCUCUAUACACUUUGAUCUUACAAAAUGCAGAUGCCUUAAUGAAGCUCUCAAAAUACUUAGGAGCUGCUCAGGGAGUGUUAGGUGGGAUCAUUUGGAUUAUGUUGUUUUCUCUUAUAUUAUGUGAUCUUUGUUGGGCACUGGCAGUGUGUGUGUGUGUGUGUGUGUGUGUGUGUACAUUUGUAUAAAACUACAGCUGAAAUAGUACCGAAUUUUCUACUUAAGUCUGUCCACAUUUCCAUAACAGUGAAAGAGUAUGGCCAGGGCUGAUCCUAUUCUUUGCUCUUUGCGACAGGGCUUAAAAGAAUCACUUUCCGAAGUCAUGGUCCUCCCCUAUAUUCAGUUCAUGCUGAACACACCCCUUCUGAGAGUCUACCACCUGCAGUCCUCUAGCAGAUAAGAUGUAAGAAAGUGCUCCCCCCCACACACACUCCUCAGCUUGCUAAUUUGCAGAGAUGCCCUUUCUCCCUAGGUCCACCACUUUCAGGAUUUGCAGAUAGUAUGUUAGUCAGACAGCUUUGUUGUCCAUCUGGCCAGAUGCUUUUCCCCCAUUUUGUCCAAAGGCCAGAGACCAUCCCAGGAAGAGUGGCGGGUGGUUUAUACACUGGAAAUGUAGCAGCCUUGCUGCAUUGAUGCUCUUUAAAAGCACGUUCACUUCGGAGGAGGGAUGAGCAAAUCCGAUCUAGCUGGGUGACUCCAUUAUUUACCCAGAGAAAUGCUUUAACCUGUGUGGUUGGCUUUGGGCUCAGAGUUGGUGGGGGGUAAGGAUGCUCCCUAGAUAGAGCUCUGAUGUUGUGGCCAUGGAGACCGGUGGAAGCAUUCUAGAUUAGAGACACUCUUCCUCACUUUGGAGACCAACACUCUGGGUUUUAAAGCAUUAACCUUCAUGGUGAAAUCACACCUUCUCUCUUCUAGCCAUGCUGUGCAUGCUGCUUUCUCUGUUGGGGUCUAUAUAAAUUUGUUGAACUCUUACGUACAUUCCAAAGACGUUUCAAGGAACCACAAGUAUAUGUAUACAAAUACAUAUAUGAAGUAUAUAUGUUAAAAUGAAAUUAUCUCUAUCAGGAAUACUGCCUCAGUUAUUGAAUUUUUUUUAAGGAUACUUUUUUUUAAGGUGAGAAUUAUUGGGGUGAAAAAGAUGUUAUAUUAUGUUUGACUAUUUUCCAACUUGUAUUUUCAUAUAAUUUAUAUUUUUUAAAUGCUGAAAAUUUAAAAGCAAGAUUUAAAAAAGGAAAAGCAGGUGCUUUUUAAAAAUCAGAACUGAGGUAGCUUAGAGAUGUAGCGAUGUUAAGUGUCUUAAAUGUUUUUUUUUUUAAAAAAAAACAAAUGCAAAAAAAUUCUUAUGGGGGAGUUUUUUGUUUCUUUUAGUAGCUGAUGCUGGCACAUCAUUUUGCUGGAAAGUUUUUUAUAUACUGUAGCCUGAUUUCAUAUUGUAUUUUAAACUGUGUGAAAUUAAAGAAACAAAGAAAUUCAUUCAUAA